AUGAUGAAGGAUACAUACUAGAGAAUCAUACUCUUCCAAGCUGUUGAACCAUUUAGGCAAUGAUGGUCCGUCUAUCGGUUGAUCUCAUUGCAAGAACAAGCAGUCACCUUCGCAGCCGGAAAGAUGAGUCCGUAGCCCAAUACUUGAAGAGAGUGACUCAUCUGAAUUUUUCAAAUAAAAACAUUGACUAUGUGGAGGAUCUGUCCAUGUGCAGAAACCUCACAGUUUUAUACCUGUAUGACAACAACAUCAGUCAAAUUGGAAAUCUUGGAUUUGCCACAAACCUAACACACCUGUACCUCCAGAAUAAUUGUCUAUCCACCAUAGAAAACCUGAGUGGGCUAAGAAGACUUGAAAAGCUAUACCUGGGUGGCAAUUAUCUCACUGUGGUUGAAGGUUUAGAGGGUCUUCAUGAACUGAGGGAACUGCACCUUGAGAGUCAGCAUAUCCCACCAGGAGAGAGGCUACUGUUUGAUCCUAGAACACUCCAUUUUAUAUCUACAUCUCUCUGUGUGCUGAAUAUCAGCAAUAACAAUAUUGAUGAACUGAAGGAACUUGCGGUGUUGGAAAAUCUGACUCAGCUUGUGGCAAUGGACAAUCAUCUUACAGAUAUUAAGGACUUGGAGUUUGUCUUGAGGAAAUGGCCAAAGCUAUGGAGAAUGGAUCUGAGUGGAAACCUAAUUUGCCAGAAGCCCAAAUACAGAGAUAAAGUUAUUGUCACUUCAAACACAUUGGAAAUCCUGGAUGGUAAAGAAAUAACAGUAAUGACCAGACAGUUCUUGGUUAAAUGGAAAGCCUCAAGGGAUGCCAGAAAGAAAAGCAGAAAAGAAAACAUGGAGGGACAGUUAGUCUCCGACCAGCUAUAUAACUUAGAGAAUCCUGGCUCUCUUCUUCUUGUCCAGUAUCAGAACACAAAAUAUUUGGAGAAGGAAAAAUCAAAUUAUAUCUUCAUGGCUAAGAUGCUAAGUGAGAGCAAACAAAGCCAACUGCAAAGAUCGCUUUUGCCGACUACAAAGAGAACUAUUAACAUCAGUGAAGAUAUUCGACAAUUAGCUGUAAAGGAUCCUGCAAGCUCACUGCCUGGACAAGACGUUCCUGAACCACACGUACACAGUCAAGUAGUGCUCUGAGUACAUGGACCAUCCACCUUCUACAAAAUUACCCGUCUCCUCCAAUA